AUGGGAGACUCGCCGUCGCCCUCACCGCCGCUGCCUCCCGACCCGACCACCUCCAACAUCUCCAACAACUCCGCCUCGACUCCCACUGCGCGCUCCUUCCAACAUGCCUCUGAUCAUACGCAAUCACAGGACCAAAAGCGGCCCAACACGUCGAGAUCACGAGCCGCGUCGCGACCGUCACCUGUCGUGCAUCAAAACCAACCUCAGCCCAUUAAAGACGCCGUGAACGAUGCUUUCGAAACGGCACCAACAACCAAUCAGUUGGAUCCAGACUUUAUGAAGCGUUUGACUGAGCAGGUCACCGAACAAGUCAUCAAGAACCUACAAGGCGUCAACCUGGGAGGUCCUGCGCCGACCACUGCAGUUCCACUUCCCACCAGCCAAUACCCCGGUCCACCUUCGACCAAGUCGACCUCACGAUCACCAACUCAGCGAUCACCUCUGCAAAGCUCAACCGAAUCAUUCCCAUCUCGAUUCACUCCGCCAUCACCCCCUCAAGAGCGAGACUUGCGCGAGAGGCGCUUUUCACCCUCGCCUGAGCGUGCACCUUCAGACACGGGUAGCAAUAUCAGCAGGGAAAGCAGAGAGAGUCAAGCGAGCCAGAGAAGCACACAAAGCAACAGAGAAACAACCCCACGGGGAUCACAGCCAGAUGUAGUUCCGGGUCUUCGUAGGAGUAAGACCAGUGCGGGAGGAAUCCCGGAACCGAUGGCAAAGCCCGAAACAGCUUCUCGUCGUAGAGGCAGCGGGACUGAAUCGACAUCCUUCCGGAAGGAUAGUAAAGAUUCGACAUCUUCGUAUUUUGAGUCGACUCGCACCCGCUCUCGACCAGACGUUGUCGAUGAGGAAGACACUGACGAAGCCACCACACUCGAGAAGAUCUGGCAGCCGCUUUUCGACAAUGGCAACCCAACUGUGCGAUUGAGUCAGUUCCUCAGAGGCAUCGCCAAACAUGUCAUCGACGACUAUGAGCCGAAAGGCGGCCUGGUUAUUACGCCGACCAAGAUGCUUCGCUUUCUGGACGAGACAAACGUGGAAGACGAGCAUUACCCGUGGACGACUAUCUUCGGCGGAAAGAUGUCCUGGAAUUCCAUCUCGAUGAUGUAUCGCAAGCUGCUCUGCCAACACCACUUCGUACAACAGCAGACGCAUGAUCCACCAUCAAUACCGGCGUUGACUCCGUUUGGGUUCGAAGCCUUCAUGACAUGCAUGAUUCAGGCGCAUCCCGACACCGAGUUUGAGCGUCUGGCAAAGGCAGUGAGAGACAUGCCCAUCAGCAAUGCCGACGACUGCAAAGAACGUUUUCCAAAGGAGCUUUCACGAAGACUUCUGCCUGCAUCUCCAAACGUGCAAGCAGAGCAGAGGAUCAUCUCCAGUCUGAAUCACGAGCCGGUUCUUGUACCGCUGGAAAGAGGCGCAUCCGCCAUGCCACCACCUCCAUCUUCUGCACCACCCCAGCAGAGCUCGUUCCAAGAGCGUGAGCGAGCUCCAUACUCACAGUCGUCACACUCUAACGCGGUUGAAGACGACGAUCUGACUGCCCCAGCGAUGCCGCUGGAACGAGAGCGCAAACCGUACUACGCAAAGGAAGGCAUGGGCAAGAGGUACGAUCCAGAAGGCGAGUUCGCUUCACGUGAACGGGAUCCUGAGCGUGACAGCAACAGCACUGCUUCACGCGAACCAAGUCGUCCUGCCGCGAACAAGUAUCGUCCAGACUUUGCCAGUGCGAGAUCUUCUCGACAGAACUCUGGCGUUCCACCACAGGCAAUGUACAACAAAGGUGGUAGUACUGAUCCGAUGAACAUCCCACCCCCAAAUACGAGGAGUCGUAUGAGCACAAAUCCGCCUCCGCCGCCACCUUCUGGCAAUGGCAGCUAUCCAAAGGGCCCUCGUCGGUCACCGCCGCCUCGUGGGUUUGCUCGAAGCGAGCCUGUCAAUGUUGGCGACAUACCAGCAUCGCAGUACGCAUCUAAUCUACAUGCACCACCACCUCAGAGAGACCGAUAUGCUGGAGACCCAGAUGAAGAUGCUCUGCGAUACAACGCCCUUCGGCGGCCGAAUGAUCGCAGUAUGAACCAUACGAAUGAUGAAGAGCCAAGCGGUCGACCCAUACCCCCAAGGAAUGGGCCUGUAGGUCCUUCUGGCUAUGAUUCAGGAUACGGCUCUGCAGGUGCACCACCACCUAUGAACAACUUCGUUCCUCCCCGAAAUGGAGGUCAGCCCGGUCCGCCCGAAGACCGUAGGCGUAGCUGGUACCCUGGAGUGGGCGGCGUCGGUUCUGGAACUGAUGGAUAUGGCAGCUAUGCGGGCAAUAGCAGGGAAUACGGCACAUCGGGGUAUUAG